AUGUCCGAGCAGUAUGUCACGUCGGACGGUUUUGUGUUCUAUGACCUCGGCUGUAAACUGGCGUCGAUCUGUUCCACGGCCGGGUUCACGGUCAGUGCUGCGGAGAUAGAACAACGACGUGCAGGUCAGUCACGGACAACUGGUCAACCCCUAAUUGGGAGGAGGAGACGACAGAGCAUGGCUGUCCACGCCUGUGAGGAGUGCUGUGAAGACGACUUCUGUAACAACUUCCUUUGUGGUGGCCAUGAAACUCAACUACUGAAGUGUGCUGCCUGUGUUGACAUGAUGAACAUGACAAACUGCGACAAAAUAGCAGUGUGUCAGCCCCAUGAGGUGUGCUACAUCGAAGAAAGGAUCACUGACACAUUUGAGCUUCUCUACAAUGGCGGAUGUGAAAGACAGAAGCAAUGUGAGGCCUUCAAGAACAAACAACACACCGACACCUCCCUGUUUGACCCUUGCUUCAACUGCUGCAACUCCAGCUUCUGCAACGUCAUUUGCCCUUCAGAUCUUCUCGCAACCUUACCUCCAACGACUCUUCCAACCAUUACUUCAACAACUACUAUGGCUAUCACAUCUACUACUACGCCCACAACUGCACCUACGAUGCCAACAAGUCCAUCCACCACCCCUGUUUUCACAAGCACACAGACAUCGACGAUCCCGUCAACAGUGUGUCCUACAUUCCCUCCUCUAACCAAUGUGAAGCCGCCUCAAGUUCUGCACAACGCCCUCAUCAAUGUUGGAUGUGGUGGAAAGGAUGACAUUGUGUUCCUAGUGGACAGUUCCACACAUGUCCUCGGCGCUCAAGAACGUGUCUUUCAGCUCUUCACAAAAGCAUUUGCUGACUCUCUCCAAAUUGGUCCUCAGAAGGCCCGAGUUGGUUAUGUCUCUUACAACAGUGUGGUUCAGGAACUGCUCCAUCUAGACAAGGGGUCUGAUCCAGAAAUAGUUGACAGGACCCUUUUAAAUCAAGCCCACACAGGAACAAUAACGCAAGACAAAGCUUUUUUGGGUGCUGCAAUGAAUCAUGUGCUUGGAGAUAUGUAUUCUGGAAAGUAUAGUCGUAGUGGUGCCAAGAAACACCUUGUCAUCCUGACCGGAAAUGCUAUAGACGACCUUAAUCAGGCAGUAGCUGCUGCUGACAAGGCCAAACGCCGAGGAAUUGAAGUCAUUGUUGUUGCUGUAGGAGACAUCAAGAUCAUUCAACAGCAGUUGCACAAAAUUCCUACAAGUGCCUUCAAACAACAUUUCCUGAAUGUAAACGAUUUCAAAGGUCUUCGUCCAGAAAUCGAAAGUUUGAUCUUGAGCCAUUGCAGAGGGAAUAAGCCAGUGCCAACUAUAGCCUCAGACCCCUGUGCUGGACCGAAACUCCUGAACUUUUUAGGUUGUGGGGCUCGUGAGGACAUCACAUUUAUCUUGGACAGAUCCGGUAGUAUCCACGCUAACGAUUGGAUUAAGAUGAAUGAGUUCAUUCAGAAGCUCGUUGGAAAGUUUGACGUGUCCCCUAAUGCAUCAAGAAUUGGCAUGAUGACAUUCAACAAUCAGCUGAAUGAACUGAUUCAUUUCAAGGAUUUCUCUGACAAGAAGAGCCUGUUGAAUGAAAUCAACUUCAAACUUUCCAAGUUGUAUACGACCGGUUCCACCAUGACACACCUGGCUCUAGAAAAGGCUCUUCAGUGGUAUAAACAUAGCAGCAGGUCGGACGCCAUCAAGGUCGUUGUCAUCUUCACUGACGGUGGAUCCGAUUCCAAGUUCGAGACUUUGGCCUCAGCCUUGGAACUGCAGAGGAACAAUGUGACUGUUUUCGUCGUUGGAAUUGGACAUGAAGUCGACCUGCAGGAACAAAUGAUCCUGGCGUCGGACCCGGAUAGUCAACACAUGUUGAACGUGCAGAACUUUGACGGUCUUCUGCUCUAUAUGGAAUAUUUGGCAGCUAUACGAUGUCGUGAUCUUGCCAACAGGUCUACGACAACGAUAACACCAUCUUCUUCAACUCACCGUCAAACCGCAGGGUGAUUCUGUGCAUAGUAGUUACUGUAUAUAUAAGGAUUCAAAUAAACAGGG